CAGCAAGACCACUUCUUGCUAUCAGAUCCGCACAGAGCACGUCAAUGGUGGUGGAAGUCAGGACAGCCAGCCCAUUGUGUACGCCUGUGAGAUGUCUCUAUUGUCACGAGUGGCUGCAUCAGUGGCGAGGCUGAGCUGAUGGCCCCUGUUGUUGUCUCACCCUCUGUUCCUUCCUUCCUUCUUCCCUUUGGUCUUUCCCUUUGGUCCUUCCCCCCUCGCCCACCGACAUUGAGCUGCACCAUGAGGCACCCGCGUAGGAAGUCCCCCCUCUCUCGCGCGUGUGAUUGCCCCGACGUGCAGCACCUGUCAAAGGGCUUUGUCCACCUCGCUUCGCCCUUCCCGAGCGGGACUACAAAGGGAUGUACGGACCUGUUUGGCUGCAGGGCAGGCAGCGCAGGGCAGGGCGGGGUGGGCAGGCACAAGUUUUUGUCUGCCCGCCUGCCUGCAGUCCACUCUCGCGGCGAUCAGGCCUACCGCCUACAGCGGAGGUGGGGCCGGCCGGGCGGGCGCCAACAGUCAGGAGGGCCCGAAUGAAAUCGAUCAGCUAGUCUAGACUAGUCUAUUUCCCCCCCACCCCCCCACCAGACAAGGAGAAGAGGGGGGUGACAAGCCCGAUCAGCUUCUGCUGUCGUCAUUAGUACAAAGGAGGAAAGAGGC